AUGGGCUUCCAUCUUAAGGGUACGAAGCUUUCCUUAGGCGUUGCAUUCACCACGUCCUACGGGUUCCUUCUCUUUAGGUAUGACCAAGGAGUCUUUAGUGGCUUAAUUGAGAAUGGAGACUUCCAGAACACCUUCAACCAACCAAGUCAAAUGGCAAUUGGGCAGAUUACGGCAACCUAUAACCUCGGGUGUUUCUUCGGUGCGAUAUUCUGUAUAGCCUACGGCGAUCGAAUCGGUCGUCGACUAUCCAUCGGACUAGGAUGCCUCGUUCUCACGGUCGGGGCAGUGAUACAAACCACAUCGUUCAGCAUAGCGCAGAUGAUCGUCGGUCGAUUCAUUACGGGACUCGGAAAUGGCCUCAACACAACUACAAUUCCCAGAUUUCCGAUUGCCUUCCAAAUCUUCUACGCCCUUAUUACAACCCUCCUUCUUCCGUGGCUCCCCGAUUCCCCUCGUUGGCUCAUUCAAAAGGGCCGUUUUGAGGAGGCAAAAGCCGUUACUACCCGACUUCAUGCCAAAAGUAUUCACAAUCCCGAGCUGUUGUCCUUACACGAGGCAUCUACUCAGGGUAUUCAGCAUGAACUUAAGGUUUCCAAGGUCAGCUGGCGUGCCCUCCUACAAAGUGACAGCCUACAUACCCGACGGAGAGUUCUCUUAGGGAUAGGAACCCAGUUAAUGCAGCAGUGGGGAGGCAUCAACGCAAUCAAUUACUACCUACCCGUUGUGUUCACCUCUCUACACGUCUCUCGACAAAUGUCGCUUAUCCUUUCUGCCUACAAUGCCAUCAAUGUUAUGAUUUUCACUACGGUGGCCAUCACCGUGAUUAAGAUAAUUGGUCGAAAGCGACUUAUGAUAUAG